GUAUAGUACCAGUCAAUUUUUUUUAUUUUUUUAUUUUUUUGCCUUUCCAUCUACAUCUUGCUUUGUAUACAAGCAAACCUGUCGCUUGCGAGCAUUAAUGUCUUUUAACCCCUUCGUUAAGUUUUUGGGGCUGUUAUUUCUUCCCUGCUGCAAAUGGUAACCAAAGAUGGUGACAACCGGUGGUCUGAGUCGGAGCCAGCAAGAACGGAUUACCUACCCUCCUUCCCAUCGUGUUGUCCCUCUCAACCAGAAGAAUUGGACCUUCAUGUCGUGGCUGGAGAUCUGUGUUGCAACCUUUCGAUCUACUAACAGGAAAUACUCCAGCAAGAAGGGCAAAGUAGGGAUCUUAGAACUCCCAUCGUCUUCCCCUAGCUGCCAUAGCCAGCACUUUGUAUCUUUUUUGCUAUCCGUGAUACGGCUUGCCCAAGCUGAACUUGUUGGUUCCUAUUACCAGGGGUGCAGCUGGAACAAAAAGGGAAGGGGUAUCAUUCGCUUGCUUUACUCUAUUUUAGAUCAAGUUUAAGCUAAUAUGAGUACCUGAGUUUGAAGAGUGAUGCUCCGAUGCAAUAUACUUGAAGUAUUCUACUCCGAGCAGAAUUAAUCUGGAUCGUAUAUUUUAAAGGACAGGUAAGUAAUCUCCUAAUAUCCUUACGAGAGUGGUGGCCGUGACGUUCUGCGUGACGCUGGUGGCGCGCCACGGCGCGACGGCCAUGGCGGCGUUCCUGAUCUGCGCCCAGGUCUGGCUCGCCACGUCGCUCCUCGCCGGCCAGGCCUUGCUUGCCAGCGCGUUUGCAAAGAAGGAUCACUACAAGGUGGCGGUGACCACCGCCCGCGUGCUGCAACUUGCCAUCGUCCUCGGCGUCGGGCUGACGGCCUUCCUCGCCACCGGCAUGUGGUUCGGCGCCGGCGUUUUCACCAGCGAUGCCGCCGUCAUCAGCACCAUCCACAAAGGCGUUCCGUUCGUCGUUGGCUCGCAGACGAUAAGCACGCUGGCCUUCGUCUUCGACGGCAAAUGGAGGGGAAUGGCAUCGAUUAGGAUAGGAUAGGGAGAGGGUGAACAGUUAGAUAAUGACAGUUUACGAUAAUACCCCUACGUGAAUUAUUAUCGCUGGACAAAUAUAGCCCUCCACAUUUCUUCUCCAAUAAAAUCGGGUGGGAGUAGAACUAGAUCUCAACCCUACGAUUAAAUACGAUCAAUGGCACGGAUUAAUUUCUACUCCAAGUAGAAAGCACCGGAGCGAGUCUCGAGUUUGAAUUGAGGGGGUACCGGUGGACAUAUUGUGAACAUAGAUGAAUUGUAGCUAAAAAAUUUUUCUUAACUGGUUCCUGGGCACCCUCCCCCCUCCUACCUAGCUUUGCCCCUGCCUAUUACAUGUGGUCAAUGAUGUCAUUGUAACAAGAUAGCUUUCGUGGUUGGAUCCAAUGACAACAUCAAGCUGAGAGGCUUUUACUUCCUGAAUGCAUUGCCUCGGAGAACCUAUUCCAUGAGAUGUAGGAAGAAAACAUGUUGAGUUUGAGAUGAAUAUGUGAAUGUAGUCGAUGAGCAGGACUUGUAGUUUUCAUAAAUGUUAGAAUAGAAUUAUAUUCGGACUCAUAUCAUAAGCACUCCGAUAAAUAAAGAGGCAACACCUAACGUAAGUGCAUAGGGACUAUAGCAUAGGCGAAGGAAUGACUUCCUGGCAGCCUAACUGGUGAAAUGUCCUAGUUGGGGAUGAGCAUUGUAAUCAAUGCUGUAAAAUCAAA